GGUACAAAUGAUUGAAUCGGAAUAUCAAGUUUGCAUAUUUUUUUUUGUCUGUGCAAAUUACAGUGGGUGGGCGUACAUGCAGCACUGUGCAGUGCAAGACAUACGCGGUGGUGGCAUUGAAUUCGCUCUGACACUCCCCACCUACGCCGCCUCGGGCAUUCAAUGCCGCCCUUUUCCCUCCACCUCCUCCGCCGCCGCCGCUCUCACCACUCCCAUCGAGCACUGCGCAGAGCAGACAGCGCACGCACGCGGCCGCCGCUCCGCACUCCGCCGCCGCCGUCCCCCCUCUCUCGCUGCACCGCGGUCGCCGCCGGGGGCAUGGUGCCCGCUCGCCCUCCGCCGUCGCCGACGAGCGCGGCCAGUCCCCGGCCGCGGGAGUAGGAGAUCUGGGGCGCUGCGUCCCCGGUGCCCCAAUGCCCCACGGCGAGCUCGCCCCCGCGGAGUAGGGGAGCAUCGAGGAAGCUCAGGUGCGGUCGUGCGGCACUGACGCUGGUGAGUGCCUGGUGACGAAGGCUUGAAGCAAUCUUUGGUCCAAGGACGCGUGGAUCUUUGGGUCGGUACCAAAGAAAAGGGGGGAAAUCAACAAAUCAGUCGCCUGUUCGAAUGCUGUGCGGUGAGGGUGACUGACUAGCUACUCCACCACCCUCGUUUCUGCUUCCUGGGAUCUUCUCAGCAUGAGCGCCCGCCCCAAGUUUCAAGAGAUGGGCCAUGUGCUGGUUCUAGCAGUGUGCUUCCUGGUCUUGUUGCCUGGUUGGGCCUGUGGCCUUGGCUCCAUGUCAUCCAUUGCAGUGUCUUAUGGGGAGGACGGUCCAGUGUUUUGCAGCCUUAGCUCCGAUGGCUCCCACCUGGUCUCCUGCUUUGGUGCAGAUGCCUCUGUUCUGUAUGGCGCGCCACCCAACAUCCCUUUCCUUGGCCUUACAGCGGGGGAUGGGUUUGUGUGUGGCCUCUUGCUUGACACCAGGCAGCCAUACUGUUGGGGGAGCAACUCCUAUGUCAAGAGCGGGGUGCCGCAGCCGAUGAUUGAGGGCGCAAAGUACUCUGAGAUCAGUGCAGGGGACAACCACCUCUGUGCACUGCGAGCAGCUGCAGAUGGGAUUCAUGGCGCUAACGAUGGUGCAUCGUUGAUCGACUGCUGGGGAUACAAUAUGACAGCCACACAUGUUCUUGCUGAAGCCGUGUCGACCAUUUCAGCCGGUUCAAUGUUCAAUUGCGGCUUGUUUGUGCGGAACAGGACUGUGUUCUGCUGGGGUGAUGAAACGGUGAGUGGUGUCAUCAGGCUGGCACCAAGGGAUCUGCACUUCCAGUCUAUUGGAGCAGGUGGUUACCAUGUCUGUGGGGUGCUGGAGAAUGAACAGGUUUUCUGCUGGGGCAGGAGCUUGGAAAUGCAGCAGGUGGCACCAUCCAGUGCUAUCGGUGAUGGUGAUGUGAACAUAGUGCCAAUGGAUGCGAUGGUCUCUGUGGUCGGUGGACGGUUCCACGCUUGUGGCAUCAAGAGCCUUGAUCACCAAGUAGCUUGCUGGGGUUUCACACUUCAUAACAGUACAUCACCACCAAAAGGGCUAAAGAUGUAUGUGCUCGUUGCUGGGGACUACUUUACUUGUGGAGUGCCUGCUGAGACAUCACUGAUGCCAAGGUGCUGGGGCAACAGUGGGCCAUUGGCAUUACCAAUGGCAGUACCCCCUGGAAUUUGUGUACCUACUGUAUGCAGCCAUGGGUACUAUGAAUAUGUGAACCACGGUGAAGUUGGCCUUAGCAAGGUGUGUAAGCCUGCGAAUUCUAGACUCUGCUUGCCCUGUAGUACAGGUUGCCCAGAAGACUCGUAUGAGUCAUCUCCUUGCAAUGCGACAGCUGACCGUGUUUGCCAGUUCGAUUGCUUGAGGUGUGUCGCACAAGAGUGCUUGUCAUUCUGCUUAUCACAGAAGCAGACCAAGAGCCGGAAGUUGAUGGCCUUUCAGAUGCGUGUCUUUGUAGCAGAGAUUGUAUUUGCCAUCAUCUUGGUACUCAGCGUAUCAGUAAUCACUUGCCUGUAUGUCCGGCACAAACUUCGACAUUGCCAAUGUUCAAAUAGCGAGCUGAGACUGGCAAAGAGCACAGCGUACUCUUUCCGGAAGGAUAACAUGAGGAUCCAGCCUGACGUGGAGGAUUUGAAGGUCAGGAGAGCUCAGGAAUUCUCCUAUGAAGAGUUAGAGCAAGCAACUGGUGGCUUUUCAGAGGAUUCACAAGUCGGCAAAGGCAGCUUUUCAUGUGUAUUCAAGGGCAUAUUGAGAGAUGGGACAGUGGUCGCUGUGAAGCGUGCAAUAAAAGCAUCAGAUGUGAAGAAGAGCUCAAAGGAGUUCCACAAUGAACUUGACCUCCUCUCCAGGCUCAACCAUGCACAUUUGCUCAACCUGCUUGGUUACUGUGAAGAUGGCAGUGAGAGGCUCUUGGUUUAUGAGUUCAUGGCUCAUGGAUCCCUGUACCAGCAUCUGCAUGGUAACGAUCCAAACUUAAAAAGGCAACUGAAUUGGGCCAGGCGGGUCACCAUUGCUGUUCAGGCUGCUAGAGGAAUCGAGUACUUGCAUGGCUAUGCUUGCCCUCCCGUAAUUCACCGGGACAUCAAGUCGUCAAACAUAUUGAUUGAUGAGGAUCACAAUGCGCGUGUCGCUGACUUCGGUCUAUCUAUAAUGGGUCCUGCAGAUAGCGGUACCCCGCUAUCUGAGCUGCCAGCAGGGACACUAGGCUACCUUGACCCUGAGUACUACCGUCUCCAUUACUUGACUACAAAGUCCGAUGUCUACAGCUUCGGAGUUUUUCUCUUGGAGAUACUAAGUGGCAGGAAAGCGAUUGACAUGCAGUUCGAGGAAGGAAACAUUGUUGAAUGGGCAGUACCACUAAUCAAAGCUGGGGACAUUUUUGCCAUCCUUGAUCCAGUCUUAUCUCCACCCUCCGACCUUGAGGCUCUCAAGAAGAUUGCUUCUGUGGCUUGUAAGUGUGUCAGAAUGCGAGGGAAAGAUCGGCCUUCCAUGGAUAAGGUGACAACAGCUCUGGAGCAUGCUCUUGCUUUGCUGAUGGGCAGUCCGUGCAUCGAGCAGCCCAUUCUACCGACUGAGGUUGUUCUUGGAAGUAGCCGGAUGCACAAGGUAUCACAGAUGUCCUCUAACCACUCUUGCUCAGAGAACGAGCUUGCUGACGGCGAGGAUCAGCGUAUCGAGUACAGGGCGCCAUCCUGGAUAACUUUCCCUAGUGUGACCUCAUCACAGAGGAGGAAAUCAUCUGCAUCGGAAGCUGACAUCACCGUCCGAACGACCACAGAAGGUAGGAAUGCCGGGAGCAGCAUAGGUGAUGGACUGCGGUCACUGGAGGAAGAGAUCAGCCCGGCUUCACCGCAGGAAAACCUGUACUUGCAGCACAACUUCUGAAGAAAUGUCAGGAGCCGCAAGAAUUUAACGCAGUAGCGUUCUGCCAUUGCUGAGCAGCAUUCUAAAUUCAACUUUGUGCUCUGUUGCUAUAUUGAAAUGCAUUACAGUUUUUAUACAUCCUAUAUAGUAGCAGGCCAUUUAAAAACAAGAGAGCUAAUUAGUAGAGUACUGGAAGAAGAAUUUAGCAUCCAGGGGCAUUUCUGUGUAGAUUCAUAUGGCCUUUUCUUUUCUUUUCUUUUCCUGAUGCUCUUUGUCUGUGGGUGGCUACAGUUGAUGGAUUGUCUUGUCUCCUCUUACAAAAUUGUUUAAUUUACUUAAUCCUCUGGGUCAUCUCUUUGGUUCGCAAUGCACUUUUCGCAGCGAAUUGUGAUGCAAAAUGCUUCAUAAACAUAUGUUCUAUUGGAAGGUUUCUUCAGAUACUAGAUUUGUGAUCAGUAACAGACUAACAGGUUGGUUGGCCCAGUCUUCUCUCCAGAAACAGGUGCAAUGUGAUUCUCAGAGAUCUGCAUCUAGAAUGGCUGCUGCCAUGUUCCAUGAUCUAUUUAUGAUGCAUGAAGACAGGUUUUUCUAACCAAUUAAUCUUCCUGUAACACAAUGAAGACAAGCUUUAUUUAGUUAAACUAGUGGCAUAAUGAUGGGUUUCUUCUUGAAAUAACACUCACCAUCCCCCUUUUUUCUGGUUCAUCCCUAAUUUUUUGCUGCAGAACUUUAGUGUCUGGAGUUACGCAGCUCCUUUUGUAAGUUGGGUGGAAUCAGCGUGCUUUCUGUAUUUUAUCCUUUUCUUGUGAGUUUUAAUUGCUGUGUGGUGGGAAAUCGGUUUUUCUGGAAGGUUUAUCUCACUUUUUUUUAAUUUCAUAGCCGGUGGAAAUAAGCUGUUGCUAUGGUGUAGGGAUAUGCAGAUCAAUGUUAUGAUCGUGCCAAGUUGAACAUAUUUGGGUUGUAAUUUCAUAAGAUAAAUUCCUUUGACGCAGCUUGUACCAUUUAUUUGGGUUCUGCAGAUGAACAAGAUGUUAUCAAAAUUACCACAUAAUUUUUUUCAUACAUUUUAUUUUAAAUUUGACACAAUGAGUAGUACCACAUAAUUUCCCAUUGCUUACAUGAUUUGUUUGAUUUACGGUUCUCAGAAAGUCUAAUUUUAAUUUCUAGGACAUAAUGUAAGUGACCAACAGUUUCAGAUCAACUUAAAUGUAUCCAUCUGCUUCAAGCCUUCAACUGCCAGGUGUACAAGAAGUGAAGUGUGAACCCAGUGUUCCUUUUCCACGUUUCCAAGUCUGUUUGCCUGCUUCUGUUAAGUGGAAAGGAUGAAAUGAGAUCUCAAAGUAAAUGGGGAGCAUCCAGAAGAAACAGAUACCUGCUGUCUAAAUAGAAAUAGAAUGCCAUUCUGUGGAAAGGGAAAAAAAGAAGCUUGUGCUGUUGCUUUAGUACUUGGCUUCAUGAUCGCCUCAAUAGAAAAUGUUUUAUACGUAUGCAGGUUGCUAUGUUAGGACAUUGAAGAUUUUCAAUAUGAUAAGAUCAAAGCAUCAGCAUCUUCAAGUAAGGCAAUUGUAUCUUUGGGUGAGAACAACUGAUCAGAUCUUUCAGUGUUUUCUUCUAAAUGAUAUAUUGAGCCAAAUGUUCCAUAACCUCUGUGUGUGCAUAUGCUUGCAUUAUAUGGUUCGGAUAAAUAACUAUUAAGGAUCCAAACUAUUAAGUUUAAGGGUGUGUUUAGCCUGUUGUAAUUGUUUUGUCCUUCCGGGAGUCUAUUCUUGUCAUUUGCUGUGGACCAUUCUCUGGCCAUGGUUUACUUGAUCCAGAUGCUAUAGUCAGAACUGAUGAGGCCAUGCUUGUGAAUCUUAUCAAACCUGUAAGUUGCCAGAGGUCUUUACCUGAUUUGGAUGAAUACUUCGUGCACAUUGUUCACAAGUCAAUAAUUACUGUAUUGGAUGUAACCAAAAAAGAAAUGAACUUAGAAGCAUGCAAAUGGAAAUGCAAAUGCCUACACUUAUCACAUCAUAAGCUAUAGCAAAGAUGCCAAACUUAACAUUGAUUGAAACAGACCAUUGCUUUAGAGUCAAGUGUCCUAGAAGGCGGAACUUGCAAGAAAUUUCUCAUAUCUAUGUUUCAUACCAUACUUUUUGUAAUUUUAUCAGGUUGCAUUCUAUCAGAGAAUAGCUCAGUUCAUAAAAGAAGCUUCUAAAUUUGCCUUGAACACUGGAGGGGAUAUUCCAGAUUCUGAAUGAGCUGCUUCCUCUGAUUAUAUCCUUCAUAGUUGAAAUGUAGACACAAUUCUUUAUCAUAGCUAUUUUUUCUUAACUGAACAGGUCGUCUCACGAGUCAUGAGUAUUGCUUGGAAGAUACUCAUGGAAUCUCUGUGGACACUCAUGUGCAUCGUAUUUCUAACCGUCUUGGGUGGGUUUUCCGAGAAGGAAUGAAACAGGAAAAUACCAAACCGGAACAAACAAGAAUAUCAGCAGGACAGAAAAGUACAUUUGGAUUUGAGCAGAUUGUGUACUCCACUACGGCCCAAAUGCAGCAUCUAUGGCAUCAAUUCCCUUUGCCAUUGAGCUUUUAAGGAAUCAUCCGGUCCAAAUCCAAAGCAAAUGAAAACAUGGUCUCUACAAAAAGUUUGGCGAUGUUAUCGCAUUGAAGGGAGAAAGCACGUAUUUUGGGUUGUGUAAUUGUGUUCUGGUGGUAGAUAUUAUUGGGUUUUCUUUGGUUGAUCUAUGAUCGAGUGAUCACCUUGUGCCAGAACCACUGGAAAAUCAUGCAUCGUUUUGUAUACAUAUAAUUGUAAUUUAUUCAAGAUGAUGGAUAGACACUAUCAGUUACACUGUAAA